AUGAGAGCAUCUCGGCCUGAGAAAAGUACCCAUACAAUCGAUCUCAAUUAUGAAACCAACGGCACCGGUUGUUGGAAUAUAGGGUUCUCUGUGAUCGUAGUUACAUUAAACUCAUUACCUAUACUAUCGCCUGAAACUGACAUUACCACUACAAAGUACCGCAUUGUUCCUUACCGUCCCCUCCCUGACUUCCCAGUGACCCCUAGGCAACUUCUCCAGGGGUCUUCCACCCGAAGCGCUUUUCCACCAAAGAUCUUUCACCAGACUAUGAAAAACCUCCUAGUUCACAUUAGCGCAGAAAUUUACUCCCAAAUCUUUAUCAUGAACUUCACAAAUGGAUCAUUGUGCGAUGGCGUCGGAAACAACUAUUCCAAUGUUGAAUCUCCAGCGACACAGUACGAAGGCGGCCUUCUCACAGACCCCAUAAAAGCCUCCAGUACAUCGACCACUGCAUUCUCUUCGCCCUCUCCUGAAUCUAAGACUAAGUCCUCCUGGACGUCGGUUUCACCCCAACGCCUGUCCUCCUCCAAAAUCGACAAAUCGGACUCACACCGCCCCCCCCAAAGACUUAUAUCAAAUGGACCCCCCGGGGAUCUAAAAGUCCCUGAGAUGGGUGAGGCCUGUGAAGAAUUGGUCCUCGCAUUUUAUGGCGUGUCGUUUAAGCGGCUGAUGAGACUGCGUCAGGGCUUGAAGGAGCUGUAUGUAUCCGGGUUAGAAAAUGCACUCGAGGGCGAGAAGAGAGGGGCAAUGGAAGAAGCGAACGUGGGCAAAAUUGGUACUGAGUUCGAAAUGGGGUCUCAGAUUGGGGCCAUAGCCGUGGACGAUGGUCCGGUACUCGUCAUACGUUUUAGCAUGCAGAAGCACGAGAAGAAUAUCCCGCAAGAGGAGCGUUCGAUAGAUCUAAGCUCAAGAAAAGAUCACCGUGCAGCCUCAAAACAUCUAGAACCCUCGGGCAAAGGCGCUCAUCCUUCAAUUCCUACAACGGAUCAAACCGUCCUCGUAUGGGACAAGUCCAUCUCCCUGAUGAUAGCGGAAAUGUCUGAGAAUGAGCAGCCGAACCAACCUGGCCGUAAAUAUCCAGCCACACCUUUUCACAUGCUCCCAGGUUACUGGAUACUAAUAUUGAUGCUUUCUCUACUAACUGACCAAUCCAUGCCCACGAUAGAAUUAAUGAAUAUUUGGAAAAUUUGUGACAGUGCCCAGCGAUACCAAAUCAAAGGCGAUCCGACAGUGAGGGAAAAAGUAACUAUCCUAGACCAUCGUAAUCAGAAUCCUGCCUGUCUCAAAGUAAGAACAAGAAAUAAGGCAACCACCUUGGAACACCUGGUUGGCGAAACAUUGCAAACUUCCUAUAUAUUUUCCGAGGUCUUCAUUGCGUCAGUUACCUUGUUUGGGUGUCGUGCCAGGCUGACAGAACGUCCACCUGACUCUCAACUGGCUUGGAUGACUAUAGCAGGACACGUUCAAAGGAAAAGAUUGAUUCCAGAGCUAGGCUAUGGUCACGGGUUGGGACUUCCUGAAUCACUCGUGACACUGCCCCAAACACCCAUUCGAACCACAAUAUACGAACCAGCUGGGCCACAGGAUCUUCGAACAUUGUCCGCAAUGCGAAAAUGGGUCUCAAGCGUCCUCGUAGCUGAAACUACAGCGUUGCAAAUCAGUGAAAAAGGGUUCGUGAAGGAAGCCGGCCCGAACUAUGAUAAGGAAUUUCGGAGCGCAAUUGAGAACAUAAAUCUGAGGGACCACCGGGAUAGUGUUCAAACUUCGCUCCCAAACCUCGCUGUUUUAAUUUUCAAAAUGUCAUUCUGUCGGAGGGGCAUCCGCUACCUAACCCUCCUACACGGCGAGAAAGACAACCACCAUCUCGUUCAUAAGGGUUGCCGAAUUAACUCAAAGCUUGAUUCCUCUCGCUUGCAUAUACCUCAUGACCCUUCGUUCCUAACAUCGAUCAAUACGUUACUUCUCUCAUCAAGCCUUCAAGCCGCUCCGUUUUCUACACUUUUCACUCCGCUACUUUUGGAUAUUAAACGGGUUGAAGUCAAAACCCUAAACAAUGACCAGAGAGCUUCCGGUGGCGCCGUUGAACAGCUUGUGGCGGCUGUGCAGGUUCAUUUCUCCCUGGCAUCUGUUCUCCGGCUCUCCAAAUACUUGCUGGAGAAGAAUGGCAGUCGCGCGGAGGAAAUCGAGUUUGUGAAGAUGGACGCAUAUCGGUAUCGAGCUACACUCACACCAAUCUUCAUUACCACAAUCACAGCACGUAUCAUCCUUGCUACCCUCUUCGGAAUUACGCGGAGUAUAGUGCAUUGGGCGCUAUUCCGGUUCGUCAGGGCGAAUACCGGGACACUAUUACGGGAAGAAAUACUGAAAUCCAACAAAGAGAAAUUGCAGGCUGCGACCACGCAGAUAUCAUGUCUAAUUACUCUCAUUUAUGGCGCAGGAGGCCUUCUCACCCUGACGCUGGGUAUCGCCCAAAAGUCCAAUAUCAUUCCGUUCACUGACUAUCCUUGA